GAGAAGCAACAUGGAAAUAUCACAUUCGAAAAUUAUUUACAAUAAAAACUUUGGAUACUGUUGAAUCUGAUCAAAGUACAUCAGAACUCAAUAGAACUCUUGGCGCAUGGGAUAUAAUUAUGAUUGGUAUCGGAGGAAUUAUCGGCACGGGUAUAUUCGUAUUAACAGGACAAGCGGCAGCAAACAAUGCAGGACCGGCAGUUUUAAUUUCAUUCAUAAUUUCUGGAUUAGCAUCAGCCUUUGCAGCUUUAUCAUAUUCUGAAAUUGCUUCGAUGAUCCCAGUUGCUGGAUCCGCGUAUACUUAUACUUACGCAACAUUAGGCGAGCUUUUGGCUUGGAUCAUAGGAUGGGAUCUCAUUUUAGAGUAUUUUUUUGGAUCAGCAUCCAUAGCCGUAGGCUUUUCAGGGUACUUUGUGCACUUCUUUGAAAACGCGUUUAAUGUUCACUUUUCUCCUUCUUGGACGGCCGCUCCAUUAUUAUAUAAUGAAACCACUAGUGCCUUCGAAAAAGUACCUGGCUCAUAUUUUAAUGUGCCGGCAUUUGCAAUAAUAAUAUUUUUAACAAUAAUACUUAUUAUUGGCAUAAGAGAAUCUGCCAAUUUUAAUACAGGGAUUGUGGGCAUCAAAGUUCUUAUUCUCAUAUUAUUUGUUAUAGCCGGUAGUACAAAGAUUACCAAUGCAAAUUACAAGCCUUUCGUACCACCAAAUGAAGGAAAGUUUACGGAAUUCGGUUUCACUGGAAUACUUUCCGGUGCAACUGUUGUGUUUUUUGCUUAUAUCGGAUUUGAUUCAGUUUCAACUACUGCUCAAGAAGUAAAAAAUCCUCAAAGAAAUUUGCCUAUUGGAAUCAUAGGAAGUCUGGUAAUUUGCACUGUUUUAUACAUGGCUGUUUCUACCGUUUUGACUGGGAUAGUUCCUUUUCGUGAGUUGGAUGGUCCAGCUCCAAUCUCGACGGCUGCCGAGAAAAUUAAUAUGAAAUGGCUUGGAAUCGUUGUGGAUCUUGGGGCCAUGCUUGGGUUAAUCUCCGGAAAUCUCGUGACACUUUUAGGACAAACGCGUAUUUUUUAUUCGAUGGCACACGACGGUUUAAUCCUUAAAAGUUCGUCCAAGAUUCAUCCAAGAUUUAAAACGCCUUACAUCAUAACAGCAUUCACCGGUAUCUUUUGCGCAAUAGCUUCAGCGCUACUUCCCAUAGACAUCCUGACACAAUUAAC